UUUUUCCCAUUUCAUUUUCUGCAUGGAAUGCCUUCUUUCACUAUUUUGCACUUUUUUUUCUUCUUCAAGAACUCAAGUGUCACUUCCUUAGACGUCUUCUUCAGCUUCCCUAAGAGUUAAUUCUUGCCUGUGUUCUCAUAGCACUUUGGAUUUCCCUGAUCUAUACUGCAUGUUGUGCUGUGAUUAUCUGUUUCCUUGCCUGCCUCAGUAGACAGCAUGGACAAUGUCGUCAUCUUUGUAUUACAGUGCCUAGCAGAGUGCUGAGUACAUUGUAGGGAUUUUAUAAAUAUUUGCUGAGUGAACUUUAGACUUUUAAUAACUAUAUAUGAAAUGAUUAUUAUCAAAUAAAAAGAUACAAAUUUAUUCAAGAAGUCCAGGUAUUCAUUCACUUAUUCAGACAAAUAUCUAUUGAACCACUCUUCUAUACUAAGCAUUCGUGAUUCAGUGAUAAACAAAAAACAGACAUGAUCUUUGCCUUCAUGGUACUUUUAGUAGAGAGAAAUAUAUAAAUUAAAUAAUUAUAUAAUGGAUAAAAGAUUUUCUACAACGAAAAAUAUGAGGAUAGGCAUAUGGGGGCAAUGAAAGCAUAUAAUGGACAGUGGAGGGUAACAGCUGAUCUGAGUGCUGAUAGUGAAAGGACUUACCUGGGGAGAAAGGUCUUCCAUCUUCCAGGCUCAGGAAAAAGCCUGAGCCUGGAAGAGGCUGGCCCUGGGGUAAGGGAGGGAGAAUGGUAAGAAUAAGGGACUGAAGGAUGGAUGGCAUGUCUAGAGCAGAGGCAGCAAGUGGACUGAUGGCCAGAGAAAAGGCUGUCACCUUGAGCAUAUGGCUUUUCAUAGGCCUUUUAAAGUUCUGUCUUUAUUUUAAAUGCAGUGGGAAACCAGUAAAAAAACAGCAGUUUUGGUGAGUAUUACUACAUUUUUGUGGGGAUUUAUACAAAUGAUGAUCUACUUUACUAUUUAUUUUUAUUUUGACCAUGUAGACUUCUUCAGGACAGGAAGCAUAUCUUGUAUUUCUUUGUGUUCUUAGAAUCUGGCUCUACACAGUGAAUAGAGAGGGUGACCAAGAGAUGUCUGCUUCUUGUUUUAUUUCAGGUUCUUGAGAGUGAGGCAUUAUGUAAACACACUUAGAAAGAAACUUGGUUAAUCACAUUCAUUGGCUAGCUUAUCGUGACACAACGAUUUGUGUUAAAAUUGUGAAAAACAUGUUUGAUGUGAUGAGUGGACAGCUGGCUGUCCACUACUGCCUUAAUCAACAAAGACUGUCUCUUAAGUGUUUGAGAAACAAACAGUUAAUUUCAAAAGACCUUUAUUCCCAUUUCCAAUAAAGUUAUUUUGUCACUCGUAAUGCUGGAAGUUUUACCAUUACAGAGUCGUUGCUGGGAUCUUAAAGACCCUUUGGUCUUCAAGAGUCCUCUUUGAAAGUGUAAAUAAUGAAUUGGGGAUAAGAGAUAUAUCAAUAUUUAUCAACUGUUGUCUUUGGGAUAUUUUGAUGGCAAUUCAAAUAUAAAGGAAGUAUAUUUGUUGGGGACAGAGCAGGGGCAUUGGUGAUGUGGAAGUGAAGUUUGCCGUAUGGCCAGGCCCUCAGUUUUACUUCCAUUGUCACCGCUAGAAAGUAAGUCGUUUUGUGAAUGCUGGCAAUGAUUGUGUUACUCACUGUAGCCAAAUCUGUCUGGACUUUGGUUUCACAAUAAAACAGAGAGUACUUUUCUCUGUAACCUCUCGGACACUGAAGUUUAAUGAUACCAUGAGGGACGGUGCAAUGAACUUGGGAGAUAAGUUGCUCUGUCAUACAAGCUGAGCCAGCGGCACUAUCUACCUGAAGCCUUUGCGUUUCAAUGAACUUCUCCUAUCAGCUUUUCAGAAACAAGUUCUUUUUGUAAGGCCAGGAUUUCAUUGGAACAUCCGUGUCCCUGAUAGUAAAAUAGUACUUUCUGAUCUUCCAUCAGAUUUUCCAGACUUCUUUAUGUGCCCCACUGCUCAAUAAAUUUCUAGUUCCUGGAGGGGACAUGAAUAAGAAAGGAAGCCUUUGUUGAGAUUUUUGGGGUAAGGGUGGUUUUUUUCAGAAUGUUCCAUGAUGAUUCGAAAAAUUAAGAACUCUAUGCCUGACAGGGGCACAUUUCCUCUGAACAUAUUCUAUGAGACUUUUCUUAUUUCCCUCUAGGACUUUCUCCACUCUGCCCUGUAGAUUUCUACAACAUCAUUUUCAUAUUUAGCAAUUGUUCCUCAUGGAAUGAAUUAUGACUAUGGAAAAUCUUAUAUUAAAAAUAUUUUAAAAUAAAGCCAUUCUGUUAUUCAAUGUAACUGCUUUAUUUCCUCACAUAUUCAUAGGAGACGCCAUAGAUCUUACUGGGAGUUUUAGGAAAUUAAAAAAUCACCACCAAGAAAUAAGAUUCUGAUUACUCAAGUGACCACACUAACUAAAGACUGAUCAACGCAUUUUUUUUUUAAUCCCUUCUUCUGAGAGAUGCUCAUCUCAGGUCCUGAUUCAUCUAAUAGAGUCUAAGUCAGGGAUCAGCAAACUAUAGGCCAAAUCUGACUAAUAGACUUUUGCUAUAAGUGAAUUUUUACUGGAACAUAGCCAUACCCAUCUAUUUAAGCACUGUCUGUGCUGCUUUUGUGCUGCAACAGCAGAGUUAAGUAAUGUAUGGCUUGCAGAACUGAAAACAUUUGCUAUCUGUUCUUUUAUAAAAAUAAAAAAAUUUGCCAAGCCUGGUCUAAGGUAUGUGUUUGUAUAUUCUUUGACCAUCAGUUAAGCUAAGAGCUCCUUGAAAGCACAGACCAAAUAUGAUUUCUCUUUGUCCCUUCAGUGCCUAUCACAUUGUCUUGCUGGAAAGAAGUGGUCAAGUUCAGAAUGAAUGAAAGUAGACUAGUCCAUCUGUGUAAAUACUCAUGCCCUCUGUUACUCCCUAUCUUAAAGAAUAUGGGAACCAUUGAAAAGUAGGCAUAGGGAGAUUUCCUAUCAGGACAAUUUUGGGUUGAUUUUCAGGAAAAUCUGUGUCAGUAGGGCAAACUCUGAUCUCGGUGUCCCGCGAAGGGUUGCUGCUUGUCUCGUUCUAGCAGUUCAGGGGUGGGAAGGCAGGGAUUAAAGGGAAGGACCAAUGCAACUUUUCUGCCCCAAGAGAAUUUUCAUACCUGGUGAUUUCCCCAAGUAUUUAUAAGGAUGUCCCAGUGUCAGGUGCUGGGCAGCUCGGCCCAGGAAUAGCUAAGUAGGAAUGCUGGGGAUACUUGUAUUCCCCGCUCACUCAUCCCAGCAGGUAGAUUCUGGUUUGACAUUUGGUAUUAUGUGAAAAAGCAGGUUUGGGGAAGCAAAUGUAGCUUGCUUUCUAUACUCUUUCUACCUUUGAAUGCUCUUGAUUGACUUUCCCUAUAUAUGUAAAUCUGAGAAAUGCCUAAAAUGUAAAGUAGUUUUUAAAGAAGUUCAUAGGUCUGAUACCUUGUUUGAGUAGGCAUUGGAAAGGGUUCAGGAACAUAUUUUUGGCUAGUUUCCUUAAUAAUCAAGCCAGAGGUGACAAAUAUGUACUACAUUUAUUACCGUUUUGACCCCUUUUCACCCUUCUGUCAGAUAUCACUAAUAGAUCAUGGUGUUCUUUCAGAGAGCGUCAGAAUCCUUCUUAACAUAUUCCAAGAAGCUACCACUAAUUAGCCAUGUUUGGCAUAUGAGCUGAAACCUUACUUUCCAAAGCUGGUUUUACAUAUGUCUAAAUGUGGGAAUCUUAUUUCUUCCUUAGCACCUCAUCUAGUAAUUUAUCCAGGCCUUGAAGGUAGUAACUGGGGAGGCCUGGCUAACCAAGACCUUCUCAGCAUAUUGCAAACAAAGGUGUGAAGUGACCAGAUGGAGUAAAGCAGAGUGUGCACUGAAAAGUCUCAUGAAAUGAAUUUAGAAUAAUCAGGAGAAGCCAGAUUUAGGUGGACAUUGGCAUCCAGGCGAAGACAUUUGAAUGAGUUCUGUAAAGUCAGUGUUCCCAAAGAAUGGUUAAGGUUCUCCAGAGAAACAGAACCAUAGCAUAGAGUGUACACACACACACACACACACACAGAGACAGAAAGGGGGGCGAGGAUUUAUUUUAAAGGAUUAGCUCAUGUGAUUUUGGAAGCUGGCAAGUUCAGCAUCUGUAGCGCAGGCCAGCAGGCUGGAAUUCCAGCAGGUCUUGGUGUGGAGGUCUUGAAGUGGAAGGCAGUCUGUACGCUGAAUUCUUUCCUUUUUGGAGGACUUCAGUCUUUUCUCUGAGGUCCUUCAACUGACUGGAUGAGGCCCCACACAUUAUGGAAAUUCAUCAGCUUUACUCAAAGUCUACUGAUUUAAAUGGUAAUCACAUCUUUAAAAAAAAACGCACCAUAACUGUGACAUUGACUGGUGUUUGACUAAACAGUGGGGCACCAUAACCUAGCCACAUUAACAUGUUAAAAUUAAUUGUUGUAGUCUGCAUAAGUAAUUUUCAGUGGUAGACAGAUUCAUGUCUUAAAAUUUGUAUUAUACAUAUUAAUGUCAUUUACCUGAAACUUCUGAUUUCAUAGAAACUAUUGGUUAGAACAAAGCUAAAUUCAUUUAAGUAAAACUGAGUUUAUUUAAAGAAAAUUAUUAAAUAGAUGUUGGGUACAAAUGGUAUAUGGAUAUGGUGAGUAUAUGAAGGUUGUUUUGAAAUGACUGGUAUUAGAGAGUGGUAAACGGCAGAGAAUUGCUGUACUCCUGAAACAAGGAAAUGUCAUAAGGAAACACGGUUUUUGAAAGAUUAAUUCUGUUGCCCUGAGCAAAAGCCAUGGGUAGAAAAAAAUUCAUCAACAAAUAAUAAAUGUGAAAAAAUUCUCCUUUGCUGUAGUAGUAAAAUAAUGCAUUUUCUCAAUCUGCUUUUUUAAAAAUUGCUUGUGCUAGUCUUUUUUUUUUUUUAACAAAUAGGAGUUUUAAAUUAUAUGUAAUCUGAGCAGUUGGUCUUUGUUUUAUGAUUUCUUAAAAGGAUUUUAAGCUUAGGAAAUCAUUCUUGGUUUGAAAUUCACAGACCUAAUACACUGGGCAUUUGGAAAAGGAUGCUUUUUAAUGUAUCUGGGGUUUAUUUUGUUAUACACUAUGAAAGAUGGGUCUAAAUGAAUUUUAUUUCCCUUAAAUUCCUUCCCAGUUAUUCCUGCACGAAUUAACGAAUAGUUCCUUCUUGGUGAUGUCAUUUUAUCUUCUAGCAAAUUCUUGUAAGGAACAAAAUCAAUUUCUGGACUAUCUAGUCUGUGUUCUAUAUCUUUAUGUUUUUUCUUCUUCAGUAGUAUCUUAUUUUAGUCAUCAUAGGCUUUUUUUUUUUUACACCAUAGAGAGUUUAUUUUACCUGUAAAAGGGCAGAGGUUAACAUGUGGACAAAAGGGUAAAGCGUGGAGCUCGUGUGGGAGACUAAGACAGUGACCUGAGGCUGAGAGUAGUAAAGGUUGGUCGAGGGGAGCGUUGGAGGUGGUGAUGAAGAGACAGAUCAGAUCUAGGACCUGUCCUGCAGGCAGAGACCAUGAGACCUGUUGAUGCCAAAAUUUAUGGGAUAUAGCCAAAGCUGUUAUAAGAGAGGUUUCUCAUAAAAAAUACCUGCUUGUCUUCAAGAGUCUCCUGGAGAGGUGGGUGGCAGCUGGGGACACAGACACUGGCAGCAGCCACUAUGGGAGCUCCCCCAACUAUGUGGACACUGGUGCUGGCCUCUCUUCCUUCUCUGCCCUGGUGAAUGACUGCUAAAGGAAUUUAAAGCAUGUAAAACAUGAUAAAUGUUGAUUUGUUGCCUGGCCAUUGAACUGGACAUCUUGCCUUCUUGCAGGGAGAAGAUAGCUGUAUGUGAACCAGGAAGUUGGACUCACCAGACACAGAAUCUGCUGUGCUUUCAUCCUGGACUUCCUACCCUCCAGAACUAUGAGAACCCUACGGACCCAUGUCUGAGCUUUGGCUCAACAUCCUUGGAUAUUGACCCCAACCUCACCAUCCUGUGCAGCUUGGGGUUGCUCCUUCUAUUCCUAUGCUACCUGGUGGGGUUUCCAUCUUUACCAGCCUUCUGCAAAACCAAAGACAUCCGAAAGUGUCAGGGCAGAGCCAAGAGGAGAAGGAAAGGUGGAACAUCGAAAGGUUGGAGAUGUCACCAGAGAGAAACAGAGGAGAAAACGAGGCUGAUUUCUAUUCUGAAAAGCGGUGUGAAGAGGCAGCAGGCAUCAAGUGACGCCACCCCUGCCAAGUCAGCAGAUCCUUUUCCCGUUGUUCUGGUCCUGCCUAUUCCCGAGAACUCACCUGCAGAUAGCCCAGAUGCACUGUCCACUUAUGUCCCAACAAUCAAAGGCAUUGACCAUUCAAGCCUGUCAGUCUCAAACUUCUGGUGGCAGGCUCAUGCCAAAGACUUGUUCCCUUCGACCUUGGCACAAUGUGAUUUCAAUCAGGAGUUUCUUGCUCUCCAUUCUUCAGAGGCCUCUUUUGAGGGAGACCCUGCAGCCAACCUUGUAGAGCCUGGUAACCUCUCAUUUCUCAGCCCUGAUGUCCUGGCACUCCUGGAGAGACAAGUCCAAAAAAGGAGCAAUUGCCUGACGUGGAAGGAAAAGGAAAAGGAAAAGGAAAAAGAUUCUUUUCCAAAACAACUUAGCCCAAACUACCAACUAAAUUCUCCAGGGAAAAUGUUAGAAUCAGUGGCUGAUAAGCGUGACUCUGCCGUCUCCCUUCCUUUUUGGAGCAGCAGAGACAAACCAAAGGAGCUGCAUGUGCCUCAGCAGUAUCCUAAGACCUUAGAGGACCAUUUACAGCAAAAACGUAUCCAGCUCUUCUGGGGUCUUCCAUCUCUGCACAGCGAGUCCUUGCCUUCUGCUGUUCGUGUCUCAGGUGAUGGUUCCUCAAUCUUUAUUUUCAAUGGAAUCUCGAAUACCUCCACAGGCCAAGAAUCCCCACUACUUCCCCAUCCCCUACCUUUGUCCUUGCCUGAGAUUCAGCCUGAACCCUUGCCUCAAACUGUACCUGAGCCACAGCCCCUACCUCUCACUCAGGCCCAGCCCCAGGCCCAGUCUCAGUCCCCACUCCCAGUCAUACCAUCUAGUCCUUUACCCCAGAUUAGGAUCUGUGGAGUGUGUUUCCAUAGACCUCAGAAUGAAUCGGAGUCUCUUGCCUCAUCUGAAAUUCAACACCUGGAAUGGAACAUAUUGCAGAAACAACAGAAAAGUUUGUGGGGUUUACCCUCUGUGGUCCAAAGAUCUCAAGAAGAGUUUUGUCCAUCAGCUUCUGAUGCUCCUCACUCCCGGCCCUCCCUGGCCCAUGUUUCAGUCUCCAUCCUUCCUGGAAAGUUUCCUCUCAGUGAUGAACUUCGGAAGAAACUAGAGCAUCACCUUCGGAAGAGGCUCAUCCAACACCGGUGGGGCCUGCCUCGCAGAAUCUACGACUCUGUGUCACUGAUGAUGCCUCCAAGAGAAUUUUCAGAGAUUUCUGAGUUAGAGAGCAAUGAUGGAGUUUCACUGAUCUCUGUGUUUAAGGGUCAGAGUAGCAAAAAUCUAAAUGUUGGAUUGAGCCAACCUGGAAGCUUCCAUGAGAAGGACUCAGAAAUGCUCCAGCUAGAGGAAGAUGUGGGGAAGGAUCAGGGACAUAGCCAAGAGAAUGGCCCAAAAUAUCAUCUGUUGAAUGACCCAAAGAGCUCUCCAGAUAAGGAUCUGGGGUAUGACUCUGAGAAAGACCUAAACAGUCAGAUGGAGAGUCCCUCAGAGAAAAAUUCAAGGGAAUUAGCAGGGAGUCUAAAUCAGAGACAACUUGAAAAUGUCCUGAAAGUACAUUUGAGCAAGAAGUUUGAGGAAAUCAGUGAGGGCCGGCUCCCUGGGACUGUGCAUAGUUCAUGGCAUGCUAUUAAGCAGACAUUGUUUCUUUCUGUGAAAUCCCACACUCAAAUAAAACAGAGAAGUUUGUCAUCAUCAGUGGAUGAGAGCUACUCCCUGAAUACCUGCCAGGAUCUUUCCUUUGUUGAUUCCAGUGCACACCAGAUGCUGGAAACCCAUAUCAAAAGGUUUCGUAUGAGGAUGGUGUGGGGACUUCCCCCUAGGGUCGCUGAAUCCAUAGAGAUCUUUAAAUUGAAAGAUGCCUCAUCCCAGUCCUUGUCCCAUUCCAACUUCCCUUCUUCGACCGAUGUGAUUUCUGAGGUGGACUCCAAAUCUGGGGGCUUCAGGUCCUUUAGAGGAAGCUCUAAAUCUCUUUAUGGAGACAUAGUGGAAACAACAAACUCAGCCUCUGUUCUGGAUCAUUCUCUCCCUGCCACCUCACCUGUGGACAAAGAAGGACAGAAGGUCCUGAGACAAUCACGCUCUGAAAUCAACCGUGGGCUUGCAGAGGAUGUUCAGAGACUUAAGAAUGCCAGACAGACUCCUCUACCUGUCACACACUGUGUCAGAGGGAAAGCGAGUCAGAAACAGGCUCUACUAGCCAACAGACACCCCCCAAAGCAGCCUGCAAAGCAAGCUGGGGCCAGAGAUAAGCCACAGUGUCAGAGUGUGAGUUCCAGUGAUAGAGCAGAAAAGCAACAGGGCAAAAACAUGGAGAAGUCCCAGCCUGUUUCCAUGCCCAAAGUGUCUAGGGAGAUAUUCAGGGCUGAGGAGCUCGAGACUCUUCAAUUAAAAACUAAUGGUAUGUUGACAACCAGCAAGCCAGGAAGCUCCCAAAUGAUAAACCUGAAUGAGAGUAAAGUAGAAACUACUGUGACCACCAAAAGCCCCCCACCAAAGCUAGCAGUUCCCCCGGAUCCUAAAUCAUUAGACCUUAAAGAACAACUGUUUGGUGAGUUAAAAUUUAAAUUGGAGAACAGGGAACCUAGCCAGGCUCAAGGCCAAGCUACUGACAUGUCCCUUGCUUCAGAUAACUUGACUUACAAAGCCUCACUGACUCAUACCCAGGGUGUCUCAGGUGGAGACAUGGGCACUUCCCAGGUGCUGCAUGUCCAUUUAGGUGAUAGAGGACUCGGGAUGGAGCAGCAGCAGGAGACCUGGGUCCCUAAACAUGUCUUAAGGAGGUGCCAGGAUAAGAAUUUCCCACCAACUGCAAAGAGAGUGAGCCCUCUGGGACCCAAAGCAGAAGAGCUUGGUGGAGGCGAUGCAGGGCUUGGGACAUCCCAACCUGAAAGUAAGAGUUUCCCUACUCAGGAGAUGGCAGUUGAAGAGACAGUUGGGAGCAAGUCUUCCCAGACCCUAUCACAGAAGGGACAGCCUCCUCCUGAAAGCCUUAUCAAAAAAAGAAUGAAGCAUUUUUUGCAAUGGCUUUAUCCUGGGGUAAAAUGCAAAAGGCAAGAAGAUCCCCAGAAAAAAGUCAGCCCCAUAUUAACUGCCCAGAGCAGAGGCCUCGUUAAAAGUAAAGCUGCCUUUACAAGGACGACUGAAGCUCAGAAAAUCAUGACAGACAUUGGGAAGUUCUUAGAGGAGAAACUGGGGUGUCAGCAUGCAACUGAUGUCACCUGCUCUCAAGAGCCCCUUCCUUCCCCAGUGCAGUUUGGGAAAACUCAGCAAAAGGCAGAAGUGCAGAUCAGGGCAGAGCCCGUUCCGGGGCAUCCUCUCAACUAUGAGGCUCCCUCCUGUAAAGUGACAAAUACCAAGUCUUGCCGUCAAGAAGCUAUCUUUGCUGGUCCAAGUCAUCCUCCAAGUGCUAGACGGAUCAGAGACAAGAACAGACACCCCCAGAAAGUUGUGGCAUUUAAGGACCAGCUAUUGUGUCAGAAACGUCCCCCACCAGUGCCCCGUAGGGAUCCUGUGCCCCAUCUGAACCCCACCUGCAGGCAUCAAGCUGGCCAGGGCCCUCCAGCUGCCGUCACCACUGCUGAAGGCACUGUGUUGAGGGAUCUGUCUCUACUGUUCAGACAGAAAAUGCUUCUCCAGGAUUUCCAUGGAGGAAAAUUUCCCACUCCAAAAUAAUUCCUUCUUUGUGGAGAAUAUUCAUUCUUCCCAAUAAAUGUUUCUCUAAUA